AUCUUCUUCCAGCUCUUGCUCCAGAUAUGAAGGAUCGUUUGGAAAAGGGUGGAAUGAUGUGCUUAGAUGUUGGCUGUGGCAGAGGAUUUCAUGCCGCUCUCCUUGCUGACAAGUUCCCAAAAUCCAACUUCACGGGAAUCGAUAUCACACUUGAAGCCGUUCACAUGGCAAAUCAAAAAAGAAAAGACAAUGGUCAAACGUAUGAGAAUUUGUCAUUUGUUCAAAUGGAUGGUGCAAAAAUGGAUGAAGAUUGGUCGGAUAAGUUCGAUUUGGUUACCAUUUUUGACGCCUGUCAUGAUCAAAUGAGACCCGAUUUGUGUCUUAAAGAAAUUCACCGAGUGCUCAAACCAGGAGGUAUAUUUUCAAUGAUAGAGGCGGAUGGGACAUCAAAUAUCCUUAAAGACAAGCAAGAGUUGGGUGACAUGGCCGCAGUACAAUAUGCAUACUCUGUGUUCCACUGCCUACCCACUGGAUCCAAUUCUGAA